CCAUGCAACAUGCUAAACCAAGCUCACCAAGAAAAGCUUCCUUUGCAGCAUUUCCCUUCCUUACCUCCCUCUCAAUCACAAGCUUUAAAUCUCUCGAGCAUGGUUCCAAUGUCUUCCCCUUUCUUCCUCUUUCUAUCAACAUCAAUUUCCAUAACCAAAUCAGCAUGGAAGAGCCAAUAACUUGCAAGCUAUGGCUGCUUCUGCUGGCGUUGAGUUCUUGGUUCCAUGUUUCAAUGGCAAUGACGUUCACCAUAUCGAACUACUGCUCCCACCCGAUAUGGCCGGGGACGCUCGCCGGCGCCGGCACGUCGCAGCUGUCCACGACGGGGUUCAAGUUGGACCCCGGGCAGACGGUCCAGCUGGCCGCGCCGGUGGGGUGGUCGGGGCGGAUAUGGGCGCGGACGGGGUGCGUGUUCGACGCGGACGGCGCGGGCGUGUGCCAGACGGGCGACUGCGGCGGGCGGAUGGAGUGCCGCGGCGCCGGCGCGGCGCCGCCGGCCACGCUGUUCGAGGUCACGCUGGGGAAAGGCUCGGGCGAGGACUUCUACGACGUGAGCCUCGUCGACGGCUACAACCUGCCCGUCGUCGCGAUCCCGCGGGCGCGGCAGGGCGCGUGCAACACCACCGGCUGCAUGGCCGACCUCAACCGCUCGUGCCCGAGGGAGCUGCAGGUGGACUGCGGCGGCGGCGCUAUCGCGUGCCGGAGCGCGUGCGAGGCGUUCGGGCAGGACAGGUACUGCUGCAGCGGCGCGUACGCCACGCCGGAUGCCUGCCACCCGACGGUGUACUCCUCCAUCUUCAAGUCGGCGUGCCCGCGCGCCUACAGCUACGCCUACGACGACAACACCAGCACCUUCACCUGCAAGGCAUCCGACUACACCAUCGCCUUCUGCCUCCCGACCUCCGGGAUAAAGAAGUCCGAUGCUACGUUUCUCGGAGCACAAAUCGACAGCCAGAGCACCGGGGAUGGCAAUGCGCCGCCGAUUUACAGCAACGGUGGUUACAAACCGCCGGUUUACAACUAUGGAGGCGGAGGUUAUCGUUCGCCGGCGAUGACGGCCUCGUCGGCGAGCACCAGAUACAUCCUCCAGCCGUGGCUCCUGCUACCGCUCGUCUUCAUUUUCUGAUCGCGUUCCAUCAGUUGAUCUUGCUCCAAGCAUGAUUCGCGUUUGAAAACAAGAAAGCUGACAUUGAAGCCAGUAGAAUGAAGAAAUGGAAGAUCUGAGCACAGAUGAAAAUGAGCAGAUAGGAGGCAUGGAUCGAGGAAAGAGGUCCAAGAAGUAGAAGGGACUGUGAACAAGGCUUUUCCGGCAUUGGCUCCUACUCUUGGUCUUAGCAGUUGUAAAAUAGACUAUCCAGCUAGUGGAUCAGAUGCUACCGAACAGG